GUUAGUGACGCUUGGGAACAUUCGACGCUGUCUCCUCACCAUUCCCAUCUCAAUCGGCUUCGAAUCCUCCGCCCAUUUUUCAGAGAAGAAAUAAGCGAAAGGGACCGGGCAUUUCUUUCCCUGUUACAAAUCCCUCUUGCUAAUUGAUACCAAGCAUCCAAUGCUACCGCCGAACAGAUACCCUCUUCCUCCGUACUCCAAGGACGGCGAUUUGCAGGUCGGACAUGGGUGAUGGGCACUCCGAUGGUGCCCCUCGCCCAUCCGGCGCCUAACCAGAAGGCCGCCGCUUGGGCUCCCGUCAACCGCAGUCAGGCUUCUUCUGCCGCUGCCUACAACCCUAGCUACGACAUGUACUCAGACACAGCGCAUGCUGUCCCCAACAACCCUUAUGUGCAUGUCUACCCUGUUGCUGGAUCCAGUGACGGUAGAACAAAAGAGAACAUUUUCAAAGUGUUGGACCGGUGCGGAAAGAAGCUAGAACAAAGCACCAGAAAGGCCGGGGUUCUUGCUUGCAAUGUCUGGAACCACCUCAAAACAGGUCCUAGUAUCACUGAUGCAGCAAUGGCAAGGAUUGCUCAAAGAACAAAGGUCUUUGCAGAAGGGGGCAACGACAAAAUUUUUCAGCAGAACUUUGGUAUUUAUACAGGGGAGGAACUUAGAAAAGCAUUUGCUUGUUAUCUUUCCACGUCCACUGGUCCUGUAAUAGGGACCCUAUACCUUUCUUCACUAAGGCUGGCGUUUUGUAGCGACAACCCUCUUUGCCACUACACACCUUUAGGUCAACAGGAGUGGGUAUAUUACAAGGUUGUGGUACAAUUAGAUCAGCUCAGUGAUGUUAUUCCUUCUUCCAACCCUAAAAAUCCUGCAGAGAAAUACAUUCAGAUUGUCACCUCAGACAGCCAUGAAUUUUGGUUCAUGGGCUUUGUAUCUUACGAGAAAGCUCUCAAGAACCUGAAAGAUGCCUUGCAGCUUGCCCACAGGAAAUACAAUCACCAGAUAUAAAUGCUUCUCUAAAGGACAACAUGCUGUGCACACAUCACAACAAAAUUGUGUUAUUAAAGAAGAAAAGGUGUAGGUGAUGUGGACGAGCUCAUCCAUGGUCUGGAUCACAGCAGGAUAAGAGAAUUCCAUCCCUUCAGUUUCCUCAAGUGUAAUUACAUCAUACCAUGUAUCACCAUCAUCCUCAGAGCAUGCUACUUUGAGUACUGCUCUAGAUAUGGUAUUGUAAGCUAGUAUCAAGCGACCAUCUCUUAGUUUCACUCCA